CUUUGAUACAUUGCGAUCUCUUUGCGAAAAAUUUGUAGGCUGUGUCGUUCAGGCUACAUGACUUUGGUCCAUUAAACUUUUAAUAAAUACACUACUUUUUUUGUGCCUUAAUAUAUAUAGAGAAGAGAAGCACAAUUUGGGGGGCAAUAUGACUGCCUGAUGUGGCGCCAUCAAAGCGAGGACCCCACUCAGAGCACCACUGAACAUACAUCAAUCAAUGGUAUUCUCUUUGGCACAUUGGCCAAGGACUUCUACCAGCCUGUCAGGCAAGGGUUGGCAGGCUUCACAAUCAGAAAGUCUCCGUCUUUUCUAAGGGACAAGCUGCAGCCCUGUCACCUGGAGAUGGAUGGCAAAGAUGUCUUUGUAUGUCCCUCAGCCACCUCCUCUCACAGGCCCACUGUCAUCAGUUCUGAGGGAAAGUACACAUAUUCUCCCCUAAACCAGCUGAAUCCCAAAACAGUGGUGAACGUCUAUGGUGUGGUGAACUUCUUCAAACAGCCAUUCCCUUCCAAAGGCUCAGAUUACUGCUCCACACUAAAGAUCACAGACCAGUCUGAUGCUAAAGUGGGCUGCACCAUCUUCUCCAAAAACCUGGAGGAUCACCCAGUCAUCUUCAGGGUCGGAGACAUUAUCCGACUGCACAGAUUCAAGGCAGAUACAUUCAAUGACUCCAUGACACUCGUGAACACUUUUGGUUGGUCUACAGUCACAUUCGAUGGAAUAAUUGACAGCCCAAUAGUGCCUCGUACUUCCAGCAAGUCAUUUCACUUUGGAGAAUCCGAUAAACGUGCGGUGCAGGAGCUUCGCCAAUGGGCAGCCAAUCAAUCGCUGAUGCCCAGUGGGCCCGCUGUCCCCCUGUCAUCAGUACAGCCCAGGAUGUACUUCGAUUUGACCUGCCAGUUGCUGGCCAAGGCCGUCAUGGAUAGUCGCUGUAUUCUGCUGAAGGUGUGGGAUGGGACCAAGGGUGAACAUCCACUAUUGAAGGUUGCUGUCACACCUGACACAAUAGAAGGAGAAUCCACUGUCGCUAAAGAUCGGAUGAACUUGACAGCCAACGUUUUGGUCUACGACAAUCACGUGGAGGUAGCUCGAUGCUUAAAGCCUGGCACAUUCCUUCGCAUCUACAAUCUCCAUGCAGUCUCUCAGAGAGCCCCGGAGCAGCUGCCUGACCAACCCGAACACCUUGGCUUCCACCUCCAUGGGGGAACGUCAUAUGGACGAGGACUGCGCUGCCUCCCUGCUGAGAGCCUUGAACUCCAGUCCCUCAAGAGAGUGUUAGAGAAUCAUGUAGAUCUAGAUGACGAUGAAGUAAAUGACGGCACACUGUUGGAGAUAUGGUACACGCCGCCAGAGUCUGUAGUCAUGCCAAAUGAUGAAGAACCAGAUGGAGAGGCAGAUGUUGGACUUUCUCGAACAGUUCUGACGUGUGAGCACAGCUUUCAACGAGUCACACUCGCCCAAGUGAAAAGCUCUACACCCCCGCUGGUGUGUCAUGUUCGUGCCCAGGUGAAGAAAUACCAGCCACAGCAGCUGUAUCAGUGCUUAAAGCUCUUCUGCUCAAAGUGUAAAACUAUGAGAGAGGUCCCUGAUGACAGCACGAUUGGUAAGCUUUUCCAGGAAUCUGCGAGAGAUGACCAACCUUGCCAUGAGUUUUGGGCUGCCACUUCUUUAAGAUCUACUGAAGCAGGCAGAAUCAUCUCGAUGCAUAUAUCUAGAGAUAUGGUGGGGGAAAGCACUCACACCCAGCUCAUUUUCAUCCAGGGAAUAACUCUGGAUGAGGUUUGCUUGUUGUCACGUGAUUACAAAAACCUGGUUCCCGUGAGAUCAGGGAAUGGCAGAAUGAACCUAAUGGAUCUCACAGCUCCCUUUCUGUUCUGUGGAGACAAAAGAUAUUAUGGGUGUAAACACUGCUCUGAGAACACAUUCGAAAACCCUGUGUUUACUGGAGUGGAGAACUGGGAUGAACAGAGAAUUGCAGAAGCUCUUGGAGUUCAGCUGAUGCAGUACGGAUUAUUAGUCCAAUUUGAACUAGAGGACCAGACUGACACUUUGGAGGCUCUGCUGUGGGAGAACUCAGAGAGAUUUUUCCAUGUUUCUGCUGUUGACACUUCAGCCAGUCAAGAUUUGCAGGACAAGGUUCAGACCAUCAUGGACACACUUCAACCACCAGGAAGCCGUAUGGAAGAACGUCCAUGGCUGGAUCUUUGUCUGUCUGCCUACACUGUACAAGACAAAGUUUGCUACCAGAUCACAAACACAGUAACAAGAGAAGACUGAGUUAACUUGUGUGGACAUUUUACAUUUAACGAAAUCAUAGAAGGACACCUACAAUGGCACAGUGAUAUCUCUAACAAGAAAAAAAAAAAAAGGAGAGUUGCCAGAAAUUUCAGAAAUGUUUUGUGAAGAAAUGUAAAUACAUGUUUUAUGGUCAAAAACCUAAUCCCUAAAUUCAUAGCAAAAGUGUAUGUCUAUUUAUAAGAUAGCUCUUCAGUAUUUCCUCUCUUGUUCUUCAGAGUUCACACGGUGAUGUUAUACCUGGAAAAAUCAGGGACUUUUACAAUUGUGAUUUCCAGGCCUGGGAAAGGUCAUGGAUAUUAACAAAACCUUAAAAAUGAAUGGAAAUGUCCAUACAUAUUUAUAGUUAUGCAAAGCUCUAAAUAAAUUUAAC